AUAAGACUUGAUGCAGCAAGGCAAGGCGUGCCGUACUGAGUCGUAGGCUACAUGUGUUAACGGGGAGGGUGUUUUUCUCAAAUAGUUUACAAGAGGGCCGGACUGCACCAUUUGAAAGCCACAGCGUCAGAGCUAUCAUACCCAACAGCUUUUGCUGCUGUUUUCAUUUUUGGCUAUAUUCAGUGCCAUUGACGUCGGCAUCAACUCACACAGGACAGGAGCGAGAUCCGCUAUAGUUUUGAUCAUGGGUGCGACUGAAUCUACGCGGCCGGAGGGUAGCAGCAAGAGCGAGGACGGGGACACUGUGGCGAAUGAGGAAAGUGCGAACAAUGUCCAGGAUGGCGAGAGUAUUGAUGCGAAGUUACUCCAAAAGAAUGGACAGAUCUCCGGACUGAGUGAAAAAGCAGAGGACAAGACUGAGGAGGUCAAUGUCCUGUGUGACGAUGGAGUCGUUGCAGAGGUUGAUGAGGCAAAUUCAUCUAUCGUUUCUCAGAAAGAGGACAUUCCGGAGAUGAUAGAGACUCUCACAGAGGAGGUACCUCCUCUGGAAAACACAGACAGUGAUGACAAGGAAUCACCGGAUGUAGACGACGAAGCAUCAACAAAUGAGACUGAAACAGAAGUUAAAUUGAAUGAAGUCAAUGAUAGUUUUAAAAAGUUCUUCAGUUCAAUUGGUUUAAAAUUCACAUUGAAAAAAGACUCUGACACAAUACCAGAAGUGAGCCCUAAGAAAGAAGAGGGCGAAGCACGUACUCCCGAAGACAGCAAGGAUACAGAGGAGACCACUAUAGAUAAUGCUGAGGAGAAUACUGGGCAGAGCACACCUGAGGAUCUGACUGAUGAUACGAUAAAAGAAUGUGUUGGCCAUACACCAGAGCUUGUAGAUGAUACAAUAGAAGCAAAUAUUGACGAAGCACCGAACAACGUUGUUGCUGAUUCACCAGUGGAACCGGCUGAUGAUUCUACCUCUCACCCUACGAUGACGGACCUCACAUUUGAAGAGUUCCAUAAUGAAACCACCAAGGAACAGACCACUGAAAUGAUAGAAUCAAAGGAGGAAAUAACACCUGAAGAAGUGGCACAGGCAGAGGGAGAGGCCCCCCCCACACCCAUUCCUAUAGUUGAGGAAAUGUCUCCAUUUAAACGUUUUUUCCUGACAGGAAAAAUACACAAGCAGGUCAAGCAACCCAUGAAACAAUCCAAGGAGGAACCUAAGGAGGAAGUCAUGGAAGAAGUCAAGGAAGAACCCAAGACAGAACCCAAGGAAGAAGUCAAUGAGGAACCCAAGGAAGAAGUCAAGGAAGAACCCAAGACAGAACCCAAGGAAGAAGUCAAUGAGGAACCCAAGGACGAAGUCAAGGAGGAAGUCAUCCCUACUGAAGAGACAGACACACCAGCACCAACCAUUCCGGAUGUUGAAGAAGAAAUUAUAUCCCCGAUUAAGAAGUUUUUCACCACGGGAAUCUUCGCUAGUUUAAAAAAAAAGAAAACACAUUUAGGAGAGGAAACGCCCAAAGAUGAAACUGUUGAGAAAGAACACGAACUGCAAAGCAUUGACAAACAGGAGUAUGUAAACACACCAGAGGAAGCUGGUCUUGAGCAAGAACAAACAAAAGACGAGAUCAGUCCAGAUGUUGAGACAAUACCGGUCAUUGAGGGGAAACAAAAUGAGAAUGAAGUUCAAGAGACAGGAACAGAUUCCUGAUGGCUGAGACAUCCAAUGUCCCUGAACUGAUGAUGAGUAAUGUCCCUAAAACUAGUGACAACAGAGAGGAUGUCCUUGAAGAGCAGCUAGCUACUGAGGAAUUACAGACAAUUAUCUCAAAUAGAGCUG